CUGCCAAUUCUUAAAAUACAGAACUGAGCCUGAGAUGUCGCGUAAAAAUGUCCUCAACUUGAUCAAUACUAUCGUGGCCAAUUCCUGCAAGUGCCCCGCCCACUCACAUAACUAUGGAUCAGCAGCGCCCACUGGGGUCCAGACGGGACAGAAGGAAUACGCCUUCGAGAUGUCUGCCUCGACGGUGCGCUUUGGACCCGGUGUGAGUGUUGAGGUUGGUGCAGAUUUGCGAAAUUUGGGGGCCAAGAAGGUCUGUCUGGUCACGGAUAGGAAUGUGGCGAAGCUGCCUUCAGUCAAGGUGGCCUUGGACUCCCUCGCCCGUCAUGGCAUUAACUACGAGGUGUACGACGAGACUCGCGUGGAACCAACCGAUGCCAGCCUGUGGCAUGCCGCGGAUUAUGCGCGACAGAACGAGUUCGAUGCAUUUCUGGCCAUUGGCGGCGGCUCCGUCAUGGACACGGCCAAGGCAGCCAAUCUGUUCAGCAGUGAUCGGGAAGCAGAGUUUCUGGACUAUGUCAAUUGUCCGAUUGGCAAGGGAAAGGAGAUAUCGGUGAAGUUGAAGCCUUUGAUUGCCAUGCCUACAACCUCGGGUACUGGUUCCGAAACCACUGGAGUGGCCAUCUUCGACUAUAAGCGGUUGCAUGCCAAGACUGGAAUCUCCAGCAAAUACCUCAAGCCGACUCUGGCUAUCAUCGAUCCCCUGCACACCCUGUCGCAGCCCGAGCGGGUAAUGGCGUUUGCCGGCUUCGAUGUAUUCUGCCAUGCCUUGGAGAGCUUCACCGCAGUGGAUUAUCGCGAGCGGGGACCAGCGCCGAGCGAUCCCAGUCUGCGACCUACCUAUCAGGGGAGGAAUCCCAUCUCUGACGUUUGGGCACGGUUUGCCCUCGAGACGAUACGCAAGAACUUCAUAAAUGCCAUAUACGAGCCGGGGAAUUUGGAGGCUCGCUCCCAGAUGCACCUGGCAUCGACAAUGGCCGGCGUGGGCUUUGGGAACGCUGGAGUGCAUCUCUGUCACGGACUCUCCUACCCCAUUUCGGGCAAUGUCAGGAACUACAAGCCCGCCGGCUACACGGCCGAUCAUGCCCUCAUACCGCACGGGCUCUCCGUUGUGAUAAGUGCCCCGGCUGUCUUUGAGUUCACUGCGCCCGCUUGCCCUGAUCGCCAUCUGGAGGCUGCAAAACUUCUUGGCGCCAAAGUAGACGGCGUUAGGGCCUCAGAUGCCGGUCGCCUCUUGGCGGACACUGUACGAGGCUUCAUGCAACGCGCUGGUAUUGAAAAUGGCCUCCGCGAACUCGGGUUCUCUAGCAGCGAUGUGCCAAAUCUGGUUGAUGGAACACUGCCCCAGGAACGGAUCACUAAACUAGCACCUCGGGCACAGACCCAGGAGAACUUGGCCCAACUCUUUGAGAAUUCCAUGGUGGCUUAUUAAUUAUUCAAUUAAUUACUUACCCACGCUUAACCUGUUCGCUUCAAAAACUUGAAAAAAAGUGUUGUAAAAGUGGCA